ACUUUAUGCUUCUGAAAAAUUCAUCACUUUCUUGUCGGUUAUUUAUUUGAUGCAGUAUUACGUAUGUCACUUGAUUGAUCUUUUAGCAAUGGGAUAACUUAGCUAAGUAGUCAUGAAUAAUAUUAUCGGGUCAAGUUUACUAAAGAAGCGCAAACCUAAAUCAUCCUUACGAAUUAUAUACAAUGACCCGUGGUGUAACGACUUUUAGAUACGGGGUAGUAGAUUUUAUGCCUGAUACAAAGGAUUUACACAAUCCCAAUUCAUUUUUUUUGGGUUAUAUUCAUAGGAUGCUGAAUUAAGAGCCUUCUUUUUUUACUUUAGCUCAUCUCUAGUCAGUGUCUAUAAAAAGCUGCAAAGGUAGUUUGUUCCUUGUUAAGUCAUACAAGAUAUCAGCAAGCUCAUUUUUGGUCAAAGUCACUUUGGCUUUAGUUGCUGUAACUCCUUUACUUAAUUUAUCAAUUUUUUGUUCCUCUUUUGUGUACUGGGUUUGUGUUAGUUUGUUGAAUUCUGAGCUCUUUUUUGUUUUAUUUGUGUAAUUAUAUAUCAACAAUGAACUUACGUUUUGGGGUCUUUUUGGUUAUUGUUUUCUAGAAUAUGGGUGAUGAUGGGAGUAGUAGUCAAAUGGGGUUCCAUUAUAAUGGUGAAAUUAUACCCAAUUCGCCGUCUUCGGGUAUGAUCUCAAGAUCUACGACAUUAAGUUCAAUUUAUGGUUCUAAUUGGGAUCAAAUGGUUUCACUUGGUAAUCAAAGUGGAAAUUAUGGUGCUUCUUCUAUGGUUUCUAGUGGCGAAUUGACAAAAUCGUCUUCCUAUCCUUUGUUAAUUGAAUCCCAAGGGGUUAGCAGUUCACACCUUGGUAACUACCCUGCUGAUCCGAACCUUGCUCAUCAGAUGUUGCCAAAGCUUCCGAUGUUUGGGGGCCGGAAUUUCCCUGAAAUUGUUGGUCCUUUUGGAUUACAUGGGGGUUCACAGUCUCACUUUCCUCAAUCAUAUGCCUCCAAUAGAAGGGGCAUUGAUGAGAACUCAUCGGCGAAUGUUACACAGACUGAACGAGGCUGUCAAAUCGCCGAUGGGAGAGCUGUAGGAGUAUCACCAAAUGGCAAGAGGAAACGAGACUCCGAGUCUCCUUCUCCGACUAAUGAGACUACUGAUGGAGACCCGCAGAAAGAUAAUUCAAGUGAUGUGUCAGGUCAAAAGGGACACGAUGAUCAGAAAAAGAGAAACGAGCCAAAUGCUGUUGCCAAUUCGUCCAGUCCACAAGCAGGAAAACAAGUGAAAGAUAACUCUCAAAGUGAAGAGGCUCCAAAGCAAAAUUACAUUCAUGUGAGGGCUAGACGCGGUCAGGCUACAAAUAGUCACAGCCUUGCGGAAAGGGUGAGGAGAGAGAAGAUAAGUGAGAGAAUGAGACUUCUUCAAGAACUUGUUCCUGGGUGUAAUAAGAUUACUGGGAAAGCUGUGAUGCUAGAUGAGAUAAUCAAUUAUGUUCAAUCACUCCAGCAGCAGGUUGAGUUUCUGUCAAUGAAACUUUCCACCGUGAACCCUGAGCUGAACUUUGAUAUUGAGAGACUUCUAACCAAAGAUAUUCUGCACUCACGAGGUAAUGAAUCGUCUGCACUGGGAUUUAACCAAGGAAUGGGCUCUGCCCAUCCAUUUUCUCAAGGAAUCCAUCAAAGUUUGACUGCUAUGCCAAAUUCAGCGUUGCAAUAUCAUCACAUGCCUCAAGCUGUAUGGGAUAGUGACCUGCAAAGUCUUCUUCAUAUGGGUUUUGACUCUAACUCUGCUGUUGGUGGUCUAGGACCAAAUGGUAGCUCAAAGACUGAGCUGUAGGAUUAUUAUGGAAAAUACGCAGGUUCUGAUCUCUCCUAACAGGAAACUCAAUAUUUAGUUUACUGCGCAUUUGACUCAACUAGAAAAACGAAGAAAAAGAUUAUUUUUGCAGGAAAAAUGGAAAAUUAAGGCUGUAGUGUGGUGUUGUAUAGGUGUUCAGUUCCUGACUUUUCUUCGAGUUUUAGAGAAGAAGGUGACUUGUUAGAUUCACAACUUCUUUGUAAAUUGAGAAAGCUGUUUCAAAACUUGUUAAAGACAAUCGAUUUUUUUUUUUACCCAACAUUAACUUGCGAAUGCAAAGCUUUGAAAUGUUUUUAUUGCUAUGAUUAGUAGGAAUUUUUUUUUGUAAAGAGAUCCAAGUUUAAAUUUGAUGAUUGAUAGUAUGAGAAGUGAGAUUGGGCUUUUUUUCUUA